AUGAACUCGCUGACGAUAGAUGUCCUACUAAAGGUGAUGAACGGAAACCUCAAUGCAACAGCUGCGAUACCAGAGGAAUUUCGUGCCAGUAUCCUGACGACUUACGAUACUAUCGAGUUUGUAGAAAAUGCUACGUCGUUCCAACUUACGGAUGCUCACACUUCAGGUGUGCUACCUGGGCCAGAAUCUGUCACGGUCGAGACUCCUCGGUCCCCAUUCGCCCCCAAGACAAUCAAUUCGCGGUGUUCGGAUAUCCGAGAAGAACAUCGUGAAGCUUUAGAGAACUCUGUGACUUUGGGAGAUCCAGCUGAAGAGCCAAGGUCCAUGUUUUCUCCAUCUUUCAACCCCAAUAACGCGUCUACAGUGACUGUUGCAUCAAGCAGCAGUCCAGCCGUGACACCUGCGGCUUGUGUGAAUCCAACAGCUCCACGAAAGCCUAGCUGUGAGAAAGCCUCAACCUAUGACUUCCCGACAAACUUCGGUUUGCCUCCUGGUGAUCAAGAAAUUGCACUACUGCGGCACUUUCGCGAUAAUCUCUGUCCAUGGCUGGAUAUUGGGGGCUCAAAGUCAGCGGUGGGGCUCGACAUUAUGGUCUUGGCCAACUCUAGCAAAACACUUAUGUCCUCGAUUCUUUGGCUAGCUUCCGAACAUUACACGUCAAUCGCUUUGCAGUCUGGGAUGGAUUUUAUGCCAGAUGCUUCUAAGUACCGCCAACAUGCUACAGAGGGCUUCGAGCUCGAGCCCGACGACACUGCUAUCAAACAUAUAGGACACGGUUUAUCAACAUUGAAGGAGCUACUCGGAUCGAAGCCUCAACAGUGGACCGAUAUCUUGGCACAGAGUAAUAUUUACGAUACCAUUGCGUCAUUCGCGUUCCGCGAAGAUACCAUUGGCUCCCUGUUCUGGGCAUUGCUCAAAUUUGGUACGGUUGACCCUGGAUAUCGCGUUUUGGAGUGA